CAGGCUUUUUCAACAAAACGAUGCCGCCGCCGCCAUUUCUCGAUUGUCGUGGCCAUGACUACCUCCGACUUCGUGACGUGGAAACGCGAUGGCGAAGUCAAAAUCCGCCUUGGCCAGGAAGGCACGAUUGCUGCCAAGGAGCCAACGACGGUGGUGGCAUUGUUCAGAGACACGGUAAAGAAGUACGGCGAGGAUGGCGCGCUGUACUCAAAGCAGGAUGGCGAGUGGAAAAUACUCACGUGGAACCAAUACUAUGCCAAGUGCGUGGCGUUUGCCAAGAGUCUCCUGGCACUCGGGUUUGACCCGUUUGAUGCUGUCAGCAUCAUCGGGUUCAACGCAGCCGAGUGGAUGAUCUCGGACUUGGGGUGCAUUCUCGCGGGGGGGCUGGCCGCCGGCAUCUACUCGACCAACAGCGCGGACGCUGCCAAGUACGUUGCCGACCACUCGGGUGCCCGCGUGAUCGUGUGCGACAAUGUACCACAACUGGAAAAGAUGGCGUCCAUCGCGUCGGCCUUGCCCCAACUCAAAGCGUUAGUCGUUUACAACGCACCAGUCCCGGCGGCGACGUCGUGCUCGGUGCCCGUGUACGCAUUUGACGACUUUUUAAACCUUGGAACGGCAGUGGACGACGCGGCGUUGGAGGCGCGCAUCGCGAACCAGCGCCCCGGCCACUGCUGCACGCUCAUCUACACGAGCGGCACGACGGGCAACCCCAAGGCCGUCAUGAUCUCGCACGACAAUAUCACGUGGACGCUGCAGUCGAUGGUGGACCUGUUUGCCACCACGGGCGAUCCCUUCACGCACGUGGAUCGCUUCGUGAGCUACCUGCCGCUGUCACACGUGGCCGCGCAAUUAAUUGACAUUCACAUGCCCGUCGCGACCGGCGUCAAGGUGUACUUUGCCCAGCCCGACGCGUUGAAGGGGUCGCUCGGGCAAACGCUCAAGGAAGUGCGCCCCACGCGGUUCCUGGGAGUCCCUCGCGUCUGGGAAAAGAUUGCAGAAAAGCUGUGGGACAUUGGCAAGACGACCACAGGGCUCAAGCGUCGGAUGGCGACGUGGGCCAAAGGAAUUGGCACCCAAAAGACACAACUGGCGCAAUUUGGCGACACCGGCGGCGUUCCUUGUGGCUACGGCUGUGCAAAUGCACUCGUUCUGAGCAAAAUCAAGGCGGCCCUCGGGCUGGAUCAGUGUCGAUUCGCCGCCGUGGCUGCGGCUCCCAUGAGCGCCGACAUCCUCAAAUACUUUGGAUCGCUCGAUAUUCCAAUCUUUGAGCUGUUUGGGCAGAGCGAGUCGACGGGCCCGUCGUCGACGUGCAUGGGAGGCCACUGGAAGAUUGGAAGCGUCGGCAAGUUGAUUCCAGGCACCGAGUGGAUGGUCGAUCCAACGAACCAAGAGCUCCUCUUGCGUGGCCGUAAUGUCAUGAUGGGGUAUUUGAACAUGGAGAAAGAGACGAAAGCCACGAUCGACGAUCGCGGGUGGCUGCACUCUGGCGACUGCGCCAGAGUCGACGCCGACCAGUUCGGGUACAUCACGGGGCGUAUCAAGGAGCUCAUCAUCACGGCGGGCGGCGAAAACGUCCCGCCCGUUAUCCUUGAGGACGUGCUCAAAGACGAGAUCCCUCUCCUGUCGAACGUGAUGGUCGUCGGAGAUAAGCGCAAGUUCCUCGCGGCGCUCUUGACGUUGCGCGUGCAGGUCGAUGCUGACGGCGCCCCCACGCCCAAGCUGGACAAGAAGGCCCUUGACAUCAUGGAGUCGAUUCAGUCGCUAGCGACGACGACCACCGAGGCCAGGGCGUGCGAAAAGGUCCAGGCGUACAUCAGCCACGGCGUGAAAAAGGCCAAUGCCCGCGCGACAUCCCGGGCCCAAACGAUUGCCAAGACGUACAUCCUCGAGCACGACUUUAGCUUGGGCGGCGGGGAACUCACCCCGACGCUCAAGCUCAAGCGCCGGACGGUCGUCGACAAGUAUGCUGCCGUCAUCGACGACAUUUACCGCGGCUCCUCCGGGGGAGACUAGCUUUUGAGUGUGGCCACGUUCCUUUGAGUUGUGUCACAUAUUUGAAUGAAACUUUUUGGGUGCAUGUGGAGGGCGCUCUCGAUGCAAGUGGACUGGUGUCGCG